AUGAGUGAUUAAUUAUUUUGUGUUGAUGAAAGAUGCAACCUAUCAUAGAAAUUAAUAUCUAAAUGGAUUCAUUUCAUUCAACAUUAAGAAUUAGAACAUAAAAUGUUAACAAUACAAUAAUUUAAAGCAUAUUUGAUUCAAAAAAAAAUUAAUAAUGGACCUUAAUUUUCAGAUCAAAGAAAAAAUUAAUUCUUUUCUUAAGCAAAAGAAAAUUUAAAUGUAUAUUUUGAUUAAAUUGAAACCAGAAUAUAAUAAUUUGUUAAAUAGGAAUUUGAAGAAAUAUAUUAGUAAAUUAUAAUUUUUAUUUAGUUUAUGUUUAAAAGAUAUAGAAAUACAAAUUGAUGAUUGUAUAUAAAAUGAUAUUAUUGAUUUGAAUAAUUUUGAAACAUAUUUCUAAUUUGAAGAGUAUUAAAGUAAAUGCUUGAAUUUUUAUAACAAUAAUAUCUAAAUUUAAAUUCAAGAAAUAAUUAAUUAAUUUUGUAGAUAAAAGGAUACUUAAUUUGAAGAUAUUUUUAAAUCCUUAACAAAAUUAUUUAUUCAUCAAAAAAAUAUGUUCAUAUAAAUUGAAGAAUCCAAAAUUACCACUAUUCAACCUUAAAUUUAAUAAUAAAAAAAAGAAAAUAUAGAAGAAUUCCAAUCUUUAAAAGGGUAUUAAUAAAUUGAAAAAUUACAAUAAAACUAUUUUUAGAGUAAAGAAUACACUUAAGAAUCUAAACCAGAACCUCUCCUUUCUAUAGGAGGAUAGAAGUAAAAAGAUUAAAUCAACUAAGAUUAUUUUUAAUUUAAAGAAUAUACUUAAGAAUCUUAUCUAGAAUCUUCCAAUUCUUUAAAAGGACAUAAAUAAAUUGAAAAAUUACAAUAAGAUUAUUUUUAGAAUAGAGACUACACUUAAGAAUCUAAUGCAGAAUCUCUCCUUCCUUUAAAAGGAUAUAAAUAAGUUGAUUAAAAACAAUAAGAUUAUUUUUAAUAUAAGGAAUAUACUUAAGCAGAACCAUAUAAAUAAGUUGAAAAAAUACAAUAAGAUUAUUCUUAAAAUAAGUAAUAUAUUUAAGAAUCUAAAUCAGAUCCAAAAAUUACAAAGAAUUAAACAAUAAUUUAGGAUCCACAAUAAUAAAAUAAUAAUUAAAGGCCAAAAAAGAAAUUGAAUGUCAAUUAAAAAUAAAAUACAGGAAAUUAGAUUUAAUAAACGUAAAAUUAAAUUUCAUAAAAUUAAAAUGAAGCCAAAAUUCCAUUAUUCAAAUAAAUAAAUGGAAAGGUUGAAUAUUUUACUCCUUAAUUAAUGAAUGGAGUUGUAUAAUUACUAGAUAAUUUCAAAACAGCAAAAUCAUAAUCUGGAUUUAUUUUGUUUGAUGGAUUCUUUACAAAAAGUUCAACAAUUAAAUUAGAGUUACUAAUUUUAGAAAUUGAUAAAUAAUCAGUAUAUAAUAUUUAUUAAUAUAAUAGGAAAUAGAAAUAGGUUUAGUUGAUUGGAGUAUCUUUAAACUUCCAAGAGAAACUGGAAAACCAUAAAAAGGAGUUUAUAGUUUGAAUAACAAAGGAUGUAAAUUUUUAAUUAUAAAUGAAAGGUGUUUUUAAAGAUGGAAAAUAAAAAAAUAAAGACAAAAUAUUUAAAAAUCAAACUAAACUUAAACUUAAUAUAAUUAAUAACUAACAAUAAUUUAUAGGAGAAAAGACUGUAAAUUUAUUUUAUAUUAAUAUAGAUUGGAUUUGAUAUUUCUUAAUUGAAAGGAAAUCUAUCAUUAUUUGCAUUUUUACAAAAUGGUUAAAUUUAAAUAGUCUCAUGA